AUGGAAGCAGCAGCAUCCUCUUCUCAGAGAAAGUCGAAGAGGAAGCGAGCGGCGGCGGCAGCAGCGGAUCCUGAACUCGAGCGUCUGAACUCGCUGCCGUGGAACCCCGCUCUUCCUCAACACGAUGACGAUGACUCUUUUGCCUUGUUCAUUGGCUCCAAUGAACUCGAAGGAGGUUUUCUUCAACUUGAGGAGAUUGAUGAGGCUGAGUAUGGUUUGGAUAUUCCUGAGCCUGAAGGUGACAAGAGGAAGCAGAAGCCUAAACAUAACAAAAAUUUGAAGAAACAGAAGCAAGAUGGAGUUGAUGAUGCUUGUAGCGAUGUGCUUGAAGAGCAAGUCGAAGGAGAGUUGGUUAAAGAUGAGGAUACGAAGUCUCAAGUGAAGAAAAAGAAGAAGAAGAAGAAGAAAAACACUGCGGUUAAAGAGAACCUGAAGGUUGAGCAGUCAGAUACUGGUUUAGAUACUAAUGUGAAGGAUGAUAUUGGGGAAGACGACAUUGAUGAAACUGAAUUUUAUGCAUGGAAUGAGUUGAGGCUUCAUCCUCUCCUAAUGAAAGCAAUAUACAAGCUUGGCUUCAAGGAACCAACACCCAUACAAAAGGCUUGUAUUCCAGCUGCUGCGCAUCAAGGGAAGGAUAUUGUUGGUGCUGCAGAGACAGGGUCUGGGAAAACACUUGCAUUUGGUUUGCCCAUUUUGCAACGCCUUUUGGAGGAGCGAGAGAAGGCUUCGAAGAUGGUUGAAGAAAAGGGUGAAGAACCUGAAAAAUUUGCUGCUACAGGCCUUUUGAGGGCUCUUAUCAUUGCUCCGACUAGAGAACUUGCACUUCAGGUCGCUGAUCAUCUGAAAGCAGUUGCCAAGUAUAUUAAUGUUAGAGUGACCCCUAUUGUUGGGGGGAUUUUAGCAGAAAAGCAGGAGAGACUUUUAAAAGCAAGGCCUGAGAUUGUGGUCGGGACACCUGGGAGGUUAUGGGAACUUAUGUCAAGUGGAGAAAAACAUCUAGUUGAGUUACAUUCACUGUCUUUCUUUGUGCUUGAUGAGGCUGAUCGAAUGGUACAAAGUGGUCAUUUUAAGGAGUUACAAUCAAUAAUUGAUAUGCUUCCCAUGUCCAAUAUCCCCACUGAAGAUAAUUUCCAAUAUGCACAAAAUUGUCUUACAGUUUCUAGCUACCAAAGAAAGAAAAGGCAAACUCUUGUUUUUUCAGCAACUGUAGCACUGUCUUCUGAUUUUCGCAAGAAGCUAAAGCACGGAUCAAUUAAACAGAAGCAAUCAUUGAUAGAUGGAUUGAAUUCCAUAGAAACUCUUUCUGAGCGAGCAGGAAUGAGAUCCAAUGCCGCAAUUAUUGAUCUUACCAAUCCGUCAGUAUUAGCAGCUAAGCUUGAGGAAUCAUUUAUUGAAUGCAAGGAAGAAGAUAAAGAUGCCUAUUUGUAUUAUAUUUUGACUGUUCAUGGACAAGGCCGCAUGAUAGUUUUUUGUACGUCAAUUGCAGCUUUGCGCCAUAUUUCUUCUUUACUGCGCAUUCUUGGCAUAAAUGUUUGGACUCUUCAUGCACAAAUGCAACAGCGAGCACGUUUAAAGGCCAUGGAUCGCUUUCGUGAAAAUGAAAACGGCAUUCUUGUUGCUACAGAUGUUGCUGCAAGGGGUCUUGAUAUUCCUGGUGUUAGAACUGUUGUCCACUACCAGCUUCCACAUUCAGCAGAGGUUUAUGUUCAUAGAAGUGGAAGAACAGCUAGAGCUUCUGCCGAAGGUUGUAGCAUUGCUUUAAUCUCAUCAAGAGAUACGUCAAAGUUUGCUUCAUUGUGCAAGUCAUUUUCUAAGGAUGCCUUUCAGCGAUUUCCCUUAGAGAAUUCAUACCUGCCAGAGGUCCUCAAACGAAUGUCUCUGGCGCGUCAAAUAGACAAGAUAACACGGAAGGAUUCCCAGGUGAAGGCUGAGAAAAGCUGGUUUGAUCGGAAUGCUAACUUAGUGGAAUUAGUUACAGAAAAUUACAAUAGUGAGGAGGAACAAGUGAACAAACAUAAGCAAAUGAAAUCCAGCUCUAGACAAUUGAAGAAAUUGCAGGAGGAGCUCAACAUGCUGAUUUCACGUCCUUUACAAUCAAAAACAUUUUCACAUCGAUAUUUAGCAGGGGCUGGUGUUACACCCCUCAUGCAAGAACAACUGCAACAAUUAGCAAGGCAAAAACUCAGUGAUCACCAGGGUUCAGGACUAGGCAAAAAGGGAAAGUUGGUUGUGAUUGGUCAAGAUUGUGUGGAAGCACUUCAGGCCCUACGGAGUUCCGGUGAAGAGGUGCGCAUGGAUGUCAAGGAUUUCACAGGAAAACAAAGAAAUAUGGAGAAUUUAAAAAGAAAAAGAAAAGAGGAGAAGAAACGUUUGCGUGAUCAGCGUAGAAAGAAGAGAAAGCUAAAGAAGCAGGACGAAUUGAAUUGUAUACAUAACUGAGACACUAGGUAAAUUUCUAUACCAACCGAAAUUUUGUCACGAGUUGCUAGAUUUUUGAAGGCAUCACCUGUAGUUUCUCCUGCCUAGUUUUGGAGCUUUGAAUUUGUCUAUGAAUAUCUCAUACAAAAUCCAAUACUGAGUAGCUGUUAUGAUUAAGUUUAUGUCAUGUGAACCCAUUGUCAUAUUUGAUAGUUAUCACGUAAUAGCCAUGCUUGAAAAAUGCAGUCUCUCUCGAGCUCCACAUUGACCGGCAGUAAUUUAUUGCUGCCGCAGAGGCUUGAGACUUUCUUGAGGGAUUACAUGGUUUGGAAUUUUGCCUAGUCGCCUUACUUUUCAUCAUGACAUCAAAUUUGGUCUGAAAAAAGACCAACAAGGAGUAUAUUUUGGACUCUCCCUUUUUUCACAAUCCACUCAUCAAUGAUGUAUUGUUGACAUUCUAAUUAAGAUUCAUGAAAAUGUAACCUUACCAAU